AUGUCCACAGACCGCCCCAGCUCGCGCCAGUCACAAACCCAAGCCACCAACGGUGAUGCCCCCAAGCACUCCGUUCGCCAUCGCAAGAAGGCCCGCACGCACUCAGCCACCUCCGCAGAGCUCGCGAGGCUCAAGCCCUCCAAGAGUACCCCAAAGCCUGUAGACUGGGAAAUUCCCCGGAAGACUCUGCACUCCUCUAUCGGCUUCUUUACCUGGUACCUCUAUGCGGCCCAAGGCAACCCGCGCGUCGUCAUAUACGCCCUCAGCCUCGCACUUUGCCUCAUUGUCCCCCUAGACGUCCUCCGCCUCAAUUCCUCUCGCUUCGAGAAGCUCUAUGAGCGCGUCGUCGGCUUCCUUAUGCGCGAGUCCGAAAAAAAAUCAACCAACGGUGUGAUCUGGUACAUCACAGGUGUCCUCUUUGUCCUUUCCGUCUAUCCUCUGGAUAUCGCCACCGUCUCCAUUCUCAUUCUCUCAUGGGCUGACACCGCCGCUUCCACCUUCGGCCGUCUGUGGGGCAGAUACACUCCACCUCUUCCCCGUUCCAUCUCCCUCAUCCCUUUCGUCCCCUUCGCCCGCCUUCCUCUUGCACCCCGCAAGUCCUUCGCCGGUUUCCUCGCCGGUUCCGUCACCGGUGCCGCUAUUACCGUCACCUUCUGGGGCUUCUGCUACCCUGUUCACGACGCCCAGCUCAACUUCCAUCUCCCUCUCGAGACUCUUGCUCUCGUUCAAGAGGCUGUCCCUGCCACCUCAAGUUUAAUUCAGCAGGGCAUCAACUGGGUCGAGAGCGUUGAUCUUCCGCUUGGCCGUUGGCUUGGGCUGACCACCCUUGGCGUAGUGAGCGGUCUGAUAUCCGGCACGGCCGAGGCCCUAGAUCUGGGCUCCUUGGAUGACAAUUUGACCCUUCCCAUCAUCUCAGGCGGCUGCAUCUGGGGCUUCUUUAAGCUCAUUGAGUUCUUCAAUGGCUUUGCAUGA